AUGAUCGGACGAACAAUUUACAAUCUCUUUUCACAUCCGUUGUCGAAGUACCCAGGACCGAGAAGCGUGGCCGCUACUCACUUUCCAUACUUACGCCAGUUGUUGAAUGGAGAUCUAACCUUCUGGGUACAUGAACUUCACGAAAAAUACGGAGAUGUGGUCCGAAUUUCGCCCAACGAGCUUUCAUAUAGAACGCCCGAAUCCUGGAAGGAGAAUUACGGGAGUCGACCAGGACACACACUCCUCCCGAAAGAUGAAAACUUCUAUAGGCAUCCACCAGGAGGUGUCCAUAGUAUCAUUACUGCACCUCACAAACAACAUCAGCUCUAUCGACGUUUGCUCGCCCAUGCGUUUUCCGAGCGCGCGCUACGCGAACAAGAGCCUAUCAUGAAGACCUACGUCAACCUCCUUAUAGAGCAGCUCCACAAGAGAGCCGAUGGAGUUACUAGGCUUAACAUGGUGGACUGGUAUAACUGGACUACAUUCGACUUGAUAGGAGACCUCUCGUUUGGCGAGCCUUUCGGCUGCCUAGAGGGUGCCAGGUAUCAUCCGUGGAUCGAUAUGCUUUUCGAUUCUAUCAAGAUGACUGUCUUAGCAGCUGCUGCUGCUCUCAUCCCCGCGGGUCAAGUCUUACUUGCUCUUAGUGUCGGGGUCAAAGGCAUGAAGAUCAGGCAAACCCAUAUGGACCUUACAGUCGAGAAAGUUGGCAAGCGACUUGAGACAAAGACAAACCGGAAUGAUUUCAUGAAAUAUGUAUUGCGCGAGACCGAUGAUGGACGGAAGAUGACUACGCAGGAAAUCAUGGCAACAUGCUGGCACUUGAUUAUUGCCGGGUCCGAAACUACAGCCACCCUUCUAUCCGGAGUGACGUACUACUUGUUACGCAAUCCCAAGGCAAUGAAGACUUUGCAAGAAGAAGUUAGAAACGCAUUCUCGACUGAGGAAGAGAUCAAUGUGAUGAAUGUUGCCGGGCUCAAGUAUAUGCUCGCUUGUCUAGAUGAAGCAAUGCGAUUGUACCCUCCAGUUUCGGGAGGCCUUCCACGUUCCAUUCCACCCGGGGGAGAAACUCUAGGUGGAGUGUAUAUCCCUGAAGGUGUACUGGUCUCGACAAGCCACUGGUCUGCAUACAGAUCUGGAAAUUACUGGCAUGACCCUUUAUCCUUCAUUCCUGAGCGUUGGCUGGGUGACAAGCGUUUUGAGUCAGACGUCAAGUCGGCUUUUCAACCAUUCUCUUAUGGUCCAAGAAACUGCAUAGGACGCAACUUGGCCUAUGUUGAGAUGCGGUUGAUAUUGGCACGACUUAUGUGGAAUUUUGACAUGGAGAUAUGCGAGGACUCCAUCAAGUGGACAGAUCAAAAGGUAUAUGUCUUAUGGGACAAGAAGCCGUUGUGGGUAAAAGUUACGGCAGCUCAGCGAGGCUGA